AUGAGCGAGUCUGGGCAGAGGUCGAGGCCGUGGCCACCGGGGGCGGCCGCGAUGGCGCCGUCGGAGCCGGCUGCGGCUGCCGACGCGAGGGGCGAGGCGACGACGCUGAGGGACUUCGGCACGUCCAUGGACGCCAUCUCCUUCGGCUUCGCGGCCACGGCCAUCCUCAUCUCCAUCUUCCUCCUCAUGGCCAUCUUCGAGCACCUCAUCAGGCCCCAGGCGUUCCAGGCGCCAGCCGGCUCCCCGCGCGGCCGACGCCGGCGUGGCCACCGCUCGCCCGGCAAGCCCCGGAGCCCGCCCAUGGUGCAGACGGUGCUGCAGGCGGCGGACCUGUCGGUGCUGAUGCCGGGGCAGCGGUACCCGACGUACCUCGCGCAGCCGGCGCCAUUGCCGCCGCCGUGCCCCAGGGAGGGGGUGCACUGGCCGCCGCACGACCACCGCCGCUCCCAAAUGCCACCCUGA